AUGUCCCCCUCCCCGGAGACGGCGGUCCCGCUCGAGCUCGACGUGUCGACGCUAACCUCUCGCAACUUGAUCGAACAACACCUCGCCGAGCUGACCCGCCACGAGUCCUCCCUCGAUGACCAACUGCUGCAGCUCAUCUCGGCCAAACAGCCUUUGCAGGCCCAACUUGAUCGAUUGGGUUCGCUCAAGGAGGUCGUACAUGGCAUCCAGGGCGAGGCUUCCCAUCUUUGUCGUCAGGUCGCGCAGGUCGCUACAACCGCCGAACGCGUCGGUGGCAAGGUCAGGGUAUUGGAUCAGGAGCAGGUACGUUCGAGCAAUCCUCCAGUACCUGACACUCCAGAUCUCACCCCGACAUGUGAUCGCUCUUUUCAGUCCCGCGUCAAGGAAGCGAUCGAAUACGUGCAAGCCGUGCAGGACCUCAAGACCUCGAUCGCUGCACUCGACACCGCGAUCGAGAAGAAUGACUGGGAAGCCGCAACGAGGUUUAUGCAACGAGCCAGUGCCAUAGACCCCAAGAUUGUCGCUUCAGGAUUCGCAGAAGCGGUCGUCGUCAGUCUCUUGCUCGGGGCGCGCGAUGUGGGGCACAGAAUCCAGCAGCGCUGAUUCAGUUUCCAGUUCGCAUCGGACUACGUUGAACCCCACACAGCCUACUUCGGAUCUACCGCAAACUCCUCCGGCAACACUCUCAACGCUACGUGCCUCGCUCUUGAAAACCUUUCUCGAAUCGUUCCAGACCGCCGCCGUCGCGGGCGACACGAACAACAUCAACCGCUUCUUCAAGCUGUUCCCUAUGAUCGGGGAGGAAGACAAAGGUUUGAUCGCUUACGCCGAAUGGGUCGCUGGUAUCGUCAGGGAUAAGGCGGGUCAAGCAACGGGCAAGAGUCAGUCCAUCUCUCUUCGCGUUCGGGGUGGGGCCAGAAAUCGAGAGCGAAAUCUGACAGGCACACUGCCACGUCUUCAACAGGUUCGUCCCCCACGCAUUUCUCCACCGUCCUCACGAAUCUCUUCGAAUCGAUCGCCCUCAUCAUAUCCCAACAUCAACCCGUCGUCGAAAAGUACUACGGACCAGGCAAGAUGGUCCACGUCGCUUCGAACCUCUUGACCCAGGCCGACCAGCUAGGCCUCAAGACGCUCAUGGCAUGGGAGGAGGAAAGGAGAGUUAGGAAGAAGCUCGUCCAAGUCAGGGAAUCGAGGUUUUAUGGGUUAUCGACCAAUCCCACCUUGAGUGGCAGUGCGGGAGGGCCUUUGAACUUGCGAAGAUCUGCGAUGACGCCUUCGUUGACGAGGCCGGGGAGUCCGACGAUGGGAGGGAGUAGCACGCCUCAGCCUCAACUGCAGAUGGAGGAUGGAGGUGUCGAUCCGAGGGAAAUUGAUGCGCUUUUGACCGAGACUAGCUUGAUGAGUGGAAGAUGGCAAUUGUUGAGGAGGUUUCUGUAUGGUCGAUUGACGGUAAGUCCAUGAGUCUUCAGGAGACUCUAGCUGGCAUCAGGUGCUGAGAAUCUUCCUCUCGCGUUCAGGAUGAUGAUGACGAGACACAGCCCGAACCACCCUCGGCCACUCAACCUAAAAUCACAGCAACCUCCACAAACCCCUGUGCCACCACCGACGACGACUCUGCAUCACCCGACACCCCUCCCACCCUAGCGAUGAUCGAAGAAUCCGAGCUAGGGCAAAUGCUCUCCGAGAAACUCCGUGCCGUCUACCAACCACUCAGCAUCUGGUACCUACGUUCCUCAAUCGAAAAGGCGCAACAGAUGGAUGAGCUCGACCUCAAUUCGUCGCCUUAUCUCUCUUCGUCUCUUGACGACACGUUCUACAUCCUCAAAAAGACGUUGUAUCGACUGUUGUCGACGAAUCACAUUGAGACGGUGGUAGGAAUGGCGAAGGAGAUCCGGACGAUCGUCGAUAGGGACGUAGGCGAGGUAUGGAAGUACAAGAUGGAUGGCGCGUUCAAAGAAGUUAAUUCUAGCUCGAGUGCUAUGGCUGUUGGGAAUGUCAUUGUUGGUGGAGUACAUGUCAAUGUUCCCGGUGGUCGAGCGAGGGAGGAAGAGAAGGAGAGGAAAGAGGCCGCGGCGAGAUCGAUGUUCAUCGUGCGUCCUCCUGGUUGCUUCAUCUUGCGAAGAACUUCACAAAGCUGAUUCCUCUACUUGACUACAGACUUACUUGAACAACCUCGACACAGCCUCCGAGUAUACGCUCAGAAUGAUCGACGAGAUGCUCGCCGGUGAAGCCUUGCAGAGCUCCUUCUUCGUCGAAGCCGAGUUGGAACGCGCAAAAGUGGCCUUCUUGGGCGUCAGAAGCCUUGAAGAACGCUUCAAGAGUAUUUUGAGGGUGAGCAACAACUUCUCAGUGUAGAUGCUCGUGAUCAUAGCUGAUUCCCAUCCUUCCUUUGCCAACCCAUAGUCGGGUCUUGACACCCUCUUCAACCAACUCUCGCGGCUUCGCCUGAGACCGUUGCUUGCGGACGUGUACAAGGAUAUCUCGUACGUGUUGAACGAGGACACGUUCGCCGAAGCCGAGUACAGGGACGACGUGCGCAAACGCUUCGUCAAAGGAUGGGAGGCCUUGCUGGCGGGGUACCGAGUGAGUCCCGAGGUACGACAGACCAUAAAAGUAUUUACAGACUGAUAAAGCGUCUUUUCUCUCUUUCUAGCAAUCUAUGACCCCAGCCAACUACAACCUUUUCUUCGCGCACAGCAUAUCCGUCCUCGUGCGCCCUUGGGAAUCGCUCAUGCGUUCCCUCAACUUUACCGAGUUGGGCGCCCUCAAAUUCGACAAGGACCUCCGAUCAAUUCAAUCCUACCUCUCCAAUCAAGCGCCUUUUAGUUCGGCGAUGAUGAGGGAGAGUUUCUCGAGGUUGAACCAGAUUGCGAUGGUGUUGACGAUGGAAUCGGAGGAAGAGGCGGAUGAAGUCCUCAGUGCGAUUGGCAAUCGAUUGACCAAGGGGGAGGUGAGGAGUGUUUGGGGUUUGAAAAUACAGUAA